UUGAUAAAAACAUGCAGUUGCUGAUACUUUAUUCGCGAAAACAGUAUCCACGAAUUAUUAACCGCGUCUACACGUUCGGAAUUUGCUGAAAAUCAAGAUGGCGCUCUCCAUGAAACUCACAAGUGUCUUCUCUCAUCAUGUCUCUUCUCACAGGGUUAUAAAAGCUAGUGCUGGUGUAUGUAGGGUGUACGAAACUUGUUUUUCGAAAACGAGGUGUUAUUCACGUCCACACGAUCUGCAUAGAUAUCUCCCAUGUUGCUCCUUCAGUCAGCCAGCCAGCAAUGCGCCGACGUCAACACCCACUAAACCAGGCCUGUUGAAACGCAUGGCGGUGAAAAGUGACGAGAUUUUCUGUAAAGUCUUGGGCAGCAUAUCUCCCUGGAUGCUGCAAGAAUAUGGACAUUUCAAAAUAGGCUUUCUACAGUUCAUUGGAGAUGCUAAAUCAGUCUAUCGCAUCAACAAAAGGAUCAGAAACGAAAAACUGCAACUCACAGAUCUGCACUGGAAAGACCUAUAUCUCAAGAAACAGAUAUCCAAUGAUAUUGCUAAGAUGAUUCCAACCGUGAUCCUGUUGAGCCUGCCGUUUGUGUACUACUUUGUAUUACCGCUGAUGUUCAUUUAUCCAACAAUCUUCCUGUCCAAUCAAUUUCUGUCACGCGACAAGCUUCUGCGGUACUACCUCAAAUCCUACCAACAGAGGGCAGCAUUGUACCCCACCAUCCUAGGGCUGCUGUCUGAAAAAGCUGGUGAAAAUCCUAGCAGUGCCGACAAGGAUUCCAUACGGGAAAUCUUAAAAAUGCUCCAAGCAGAACAGCAAGUUACUGCGCAGCAGGUCCUACUGUCAAGGAAUGCCUUCCACGCCUACAGAUUCAGUCAAUUGUCUAGGCAGCAUCUGAAAUGUCUAUGCAACCUGUGCUCGCUGCGCACCAUGUUUAUGCCGGCUAUUCUACUACGUAGGAAGCUAAACAAGAACAUGGCAUUAAUACAGGCCAUGGACCUCUCCAUCAAGAAAGACGGCAUCCCGACAUUAGACCACUUGGAGCUUGAGAAGCUUUGCUAUGAGAGGGGCCUGAAUGUUGUGCAUUCAGAUAAGAGUGAGUUACAAGCAUGGCUUGAUCAGUGGUUGGAAUUAUCAUCGAUGACCAGCGAUGAUGACCAUUCCUUUAUAGCCCACUCUACCGCUCUGCUGGUUAUAGGCCACCCAUCUUGCGGCAGACUGCAGGACAUACCCAACCCGACUCCCCCCAAGAAGGAAGCAUCCAAGAAAGCUUAACGCCAUUCCAGGUAUAAAGGUUGGGGUUUGCCCUUUCAAAUUGACACGUUAGGCCC